AUGGAACCAUUCGAUCAAACAUUGGUUAAAGACUUUUUUACAUUGUUCUAUGAAACAACAGAGUUAUGUCUUCGUUCGAAUAAUGAUCUUUGUAAUUUAUCGUCUAACGAUCGUUCAGUUCUAUUUCGAAUUGGUGCUGAUUGUAUAACUUGUUUUGGUGGAGCAUUUUCUAUAUGUCAAUAUCAAUUAAACACUUGUCAAUCUUUCUUAAACAUGCUUCAUACAAUAUGUAGAGAAAAAAGUGUUGCUGUUACUUUGAAUUCAAUAAAGCUUGUAGAUACUGAUAUUGCAUUCGCUAAAAUGGCAGGUUUAUUAUUAGUAUUCUCUAAUAAUACUUGUAUAUUUUCAUCAACAACACCAUCAGAUCAUGUAAAUGCUAGUGUAAUGUUACAGGUUCAAAAUAAAUAUGCAGAAGUAACAUGGAAAUAUCUUUUAUAUAGAUAUGGCUAUUAUCAUGCUGUUCAAAGAUUUAUGUAUUUAAUUCAGUUUCUUUUAACUCUUACUCAAACAAUAUCUCAUAUUCAAAGUAUUCGAUCACAUGUUAAUGAUAUUGAAUCAAUUGUUGAGAAUACUGAAUUGGCACUUAUUUUAGAUGAUACUGAUCAGAUCAAUGAAACGACAGAUCAUUAA